AUGAGGGAGUGGCUUGCGAAGCGGGAUAAUACGGACGGGUACUCGCUUAUGGACGUCCAGAACCAGGUUAGCUUUUACUCGGUCGAUUUGGAGAUAGGGACUCCACCGCAGAAAGUGACUGUGCUCGUGGACACCGGGUCUUCGGAUCUUUGGGUGAUGGGGACGGACAAUCCGCUGUGUGCCAGUGGGCGCCGUGGCAAGAAGUUCCUGGGUGAUGAAGGGGACGCUCGCGUCGAAAUUGAAGCGCAACAGAAAGACGAAUGGGUGACCACAGGGGUGGUUACUAUAACUUUAGGUGAUCUGCCACCCGGUGGGAACAUAUGGAACUCGGUGGCCGGCGAUCUGGAGUCCGGGUGGACGAUGAUGACUGGUGCGGAGAACACAAUGAUGAUGACUGGGACAGGGACAGAAACGGCAGUCGCAACAGGUGUACCAGCAAGAACCACCGAUAGUGCUGCUGAGGCCACUGUGCAGUGUUCUACGUACGGUACUUUUGACCACAGCAAAUCGUCCACUUUCAAGUCGAACAAUACAGCCUUCGCCAUCUCCUACGGUGAUACCUCCUAUGCGUCAGGUAGCUGGGGUAUUGACACGAUGAGCAUCAACAAAUUGAAUGUGUCAGGUGUCUCCUUCGCCGUGGCAAACUACAGUAACUCAAGUAUGGGUGUCCUUGGGAUCGGGCUACCAGGCCUGGAGGUCACUAACCAAUUAUCGAACACUGCGAGUGGGAAAAAGGACAUCGCCGCGGCCUCAUCAUCACUGUACCAGUACGCCAAUUUCCCCAUGGUGUUGAAGAACGACGGUAUCAUUCACAAAGUCGCGUACUCACUGUUUUUGAACGACCCACAGGAACAAGAAGGCUCUGUCUUGUUCGGAGCUGUAGACCAUUCCAAGUACACCGGCACUCUGUACACGGUGCCCCUGGUGGACAUAUACCACGAUUCUGCGAGCUCCAAACCGGUUGAGUUCGAUAUCACGCUGUAUGGUCUAGGGGUCGAUAAGGACGGCUCUCAAUCGACUAUUGCAACGACCACUAUACCGGCUCUUCUGGACUCUGGGACAACCAUUUCCUAUUUCCCUGCGCAAUUAGCUAACGAAAUUGCCAGGAAGUUCAAUGCAACUUACGAUAGCAGAUCUGGGUUUUACACCAUGAGCUGUUCCUACGAUACAAGCAACACAAAUUUGGUGUUCGAUUUUGGUGGGUUCCAUAUCACGGCUCCCCUGGAUGAUUUUGUAGUACAACAGAGUUCCCAAACGUGCGUCCUGGCAAUAGGGCCACAGCAGGAAAACUGGGUCGUUUUGGGGGACGUCUUCUUGUCGAACGCAUACGUCGUUUACGAUCUAGAGAAUCUGGAAGUCUCCAUGGCACAGGCAAACUUCGACAGCAGUCUCCCUGAAUCGGUGGAGGUCAUUAGUUCUACGGUCCCAAGUGCCGUCAAGGCCGCAUCCUAUAGCAACCCAUGGUCCAGCGCCGUUAUGAUGAGCACUGGUGGGAACAUCUUCACCGUCGAGGGGGCCUCGAACACGACCGGGUCUUCGAGCACACGUUCUGGUAGCAGGAUAACUUCACGUGUUGGCAGCAGCAGCAGCACGAGACGCUCUGAAGCGUCCUCAUCGAUGGGGACCAAUCAACGGAAAAACGCUGGUGCCAUCGUUCUGCCAUCUUUCAGCACGGCAAUUUUCACCUUUAUCGCGUCCUUCUUGUUGUGA